GAAGCUGGCCGCCUUCCCUGGAUCCCGCGUUUUCAGCGCGUUGCAUCACCUCCACGCGCCGGGUCGCAGCUUGGACGCCGGGAGAAUUUCUUCCAGGCUUGCUGGCCUCCGGGGCUGUCCAGGCACGGGGGUCCCGUCAGCAACAAAAUGGUUCAACAAGUUCCAGAAAACAUAAAUUUUCCUGCGGAAGAAGAGAAAAUCUUGGAGUUUUGGACUGAAUUUAAUUGUUUUCAGGAAUGCUUAAAGCAAUCAAAACAUAAACCAAAAUUUACCUUCUAUGAUGGUCCUCCUUUUGCGACUGGACUGCCUCACUAUGGACAUAUACUUGCGGGUACAAUUAAAGAUAUAGUUACAAGAUAUGCUCACCAGAGUGGGUUUCAUGUUGACAGAAGAUUUGGAUGGGAUUGUCAUGGCUUACCUGUGGAGUAUGAAAUUGAUAAGACACUGGGAAUCAGAGGACCAGAGGAUGUGGCCAAAAUGGGGAUUACAGAGUAUAACAAUCAGUGCCGAGCAAUUGUGAUGAGAUAUGCUGCUGAGUGGAGGUCUACUGUUAGCAGACUUGGCCGAUGGAUUGACUUUGACAAUGACUACAAAACUCUGUAUCCACAAUUCAUGGAAUCUGUCUGGUGGGUGUUCAAACAACUCUAUGAUAAAGGCCUUGUUUAUAGAGGUGUGAAAGUCAUGCCCUUCUCUACGGCAUGUAACACUCCACUGUCCAACUUCGAGUCACACCAGAAUUACAAGGAUGUUCAAGAUCCUUCAGUAUUUGUAACUUUCCCUUUGGAAGAAGAUGAAACUGUAUCUUUAGUUGCUUGGACAACCACUCCCUGGACUCUACCUAGUAACCUUGCUGUCUGUGUCAAUCCAGAAAUGCAAUAUGUGAAGAUUAAAGGUAAUUUACCCUUCUCUUUUUCUAGAUUUCCUGGUUCCUAUCUUAAAGGGAAGAAGUACAGGCCCCUGUUUGACUAUUUCAUGAAGUGUAAAGAGAAUGGCGCUUUCACUGUGCUUGUUGACAACUACGUGAAGGAAGAAGAAGGCACAGGGGUUGUCCACCAAGCUCCUUACUUUGGUGCUGAUGACUAUCGGAUCUGUAUGGACUUUAACAUUAUUCGGAAAGACUCACUCCCCGUUUGCCCUGUGGAUGCUUCAGGCUGCUUCACAGCGGAGGUGACAGAUUUCGCAGGACAGUAUGUGAAGGAUGCUGACAAAAGUAUCAUCAGGACUUUGAAGGAACAAGGCCGACUUCUGGUUGCCAGCACCUUCACUCACAGCUACCCUUUUUGCUGGAGAUCAGACACUCCUCUGAUUUACAAAGCAGUGCCCAGCUGGUUUGUGCGAGUGGAGAACAUGGUGGACCAGCUCCUAAAGAACAAUGACCUGUGCUACUGGGUCCCAGAGUUGGUACGAGAAAAACGAUUUGGAAAUUGGCUGAAAGAUGCACGUGACUGGGCAGUUUCCAGAAACAGAUACUGGGGCACACCUAUCCCACUGUGGGUCAGCGAUGACUUUGAGGAGGUAGUAUGCGUUGGGUCAGUGGCAGAACUUGAAGAACUGUCAGGAGCAAAGAUCUCAGAUCUCCACAGAGAGAGCGUUGACCACCUGACCAUUCCUUCACGCUGUGGAAAGGGAUCCUUGCACCGCGUCUCUGAAGUGUUUGACUGUUGGUUUGAGAGUGGGAGCAUGCCCUAUGCUCAGGUUCAUUACCCGUUUGAAAACAAGAGGGAGUUUGAGGAUGCUUUUCCUGCAGACUUCAUUGCCGAGGGCAUCGACCAAACCAGAGGAUGGUUUUAUACCCUGCUGGUGCUGUCCACGGCCCUCUUUGGACAACCGCCUUUCAAGAACGUAAUUGUGAAUGGGCUCGUCCUGGCAAGUGAUGGCCAAAAAAUGAGUAAACGGAAAAAGAAUUAUCCAGAUCCAGUUUCCAUCAUCCAGAAGUAUGGUGCUGAUGCCCUCAGAUUGUAUCUGAUUAACUCCCCUGUGGUGAGAGCAGAAAACCUCCGCUUUAAAGAGGAGGGUGUGCGGGAUGUCCUUAAGGAUGUGCUGCUCCCAUGGUACAAUGCCUAUCGCUUCUUAAUCCAGAACGUUCUGAGGCUUCAGAAGGAGGAAGAAAUAGAAUUUCUCUACAAUGAGAACACUGUUAGGGAAAGCCCCAACAUUACAGACCGGUGGAUCCUGUCCUUCAUGCAGUCUCUCAUUGGCUUCUUUGAAACUGAAAUGGCAGCUUAUAGGCUUUAUACUGUGGUGCCUCGCCUGGUCAAGUUUGUGGAUAUUCUGACCAAUUGGUAUGUUAGAAUGAACCGCAGAAGAUUGAAGGGUGAAAAUGGGAUGGAGGAUUGUGUCAUGGCCCUAGAAACCUUGUUUAGUGUUCUGCUUUCUCUUUGCAGACUUAUGGCUCCCUACACACCUUUUCUCACUGAAUUGAUGUACCAGAAUCUAAAGGUGCUGAUUGACCCUGUUUCUGUUCAGGACAAGGACACACUCAGCAUCCACUACCUCAUGCUGCCCCGUGUUCGAGAAGAAUUGAUUGACAGGAAAACAGAGAGUGCAAUGUCUCAGAUGCAGUCUGUGAUUGAACUUGGAAGAGUGAUCAGAGACCGAAAAACCAUUCCCAUAAAGUAUCCUUUGAAAGAAAUCGUGGUUAUCCAUCAAGAUCCAGAAGCUCUUAAAGAUAUCAAGUCUUUGGAGAAGUAUAUCAUUGAGGAAUUGAAUGUUCGAAAAGUUACACUGUCUACAGAUAAAAACAAGUAUGGCAUUCGACUAAGGGCAGAACCAGAUCACAUGGUCCUGGGGAAGCGUCUGAAGGGAGCCUUUAAGGCAGUGAUGACGUCCAUCAAGCAGUUGAGCAAUGAGGAACUGGAGCAGUUCCAGAAGACUGGGACCAUUGUUGUGGAAGGCCAUGAAUUGCAUGAUGAAGACAUCCGCCUCAUGUACACCUUUGAUCAGGCCACAGGUGGGACUGCACAGUUUGAAGCACACUCAGAUGCUCAGGCUUUGGUCCUCUUAGAUGUCACUCCUGACCAGUCAAUGGUAGAUGAAGGAAUGGCUCGGGAAGUCAUCAAUCGCAUACAGAAACUUCGCAAAAAGUGCAGUCUGGUUCCAACUGAUGAAAUCACAGUGUACUAUAAAGCGAAGUCGGAAGGAAGAUAUCUGAAUAAUGUUAUUGAAAGCCACACAGAGUUCAUAUUUGCCACCAUAAAGGCUCCCUUGAAACCCUAUCCAGUUUCUCCAUCAGAUAAAGUCCUUAUUCAAGAAAAAACACAGGUGAGUCCUGAAUGUCGUUUUUGUGACUUUUUAGGUGGAGUGUUGCUCCUGGAAAAUCCAAAAGGUGAUAAUAGGUUGGACCUUUUAAAGCUGAAGAGUGUUGUCACUAGCAUUUUUGGUGUGAAAAAUACGGAGCUGGCUGUCUUCCAUGAUGAAACAGAAAUACAAAACGAAACCGAUCUACUGAGUCUUAGUGGAAAAACACUGUGUGUGACUGCGGGAUCGGCUCCCUCUCUGGUCAGCAGUUCUAGUACUCUUCUUUGUCAGUAUAUCAACCUACAGCUCCUGAAUGCAGAGCCACAAGAGUGUUUAGUGGGGACGGUGGGCACUCUCCUGCUUGAAAACCCGCUUGGGCAGAACGGACUCACCCACCAAGGUCUUCUGUGUGAAGCAGCCAAGGUGUUUGGCCUUCGGAGCAGGAAGCUAAGGCUGUUUCUGAAUGAGACCCAAACGCAAGAAAUUACAGAAGACAUCCCCGUGAAGACUUUGAAUAUGAAGACUGUGUAUGUUUCUGUAUUACCAACAACAGCAGACUUCUAGCAUGCCCUUUCAGUGUUGUUCAGUCAGCCUUUCCCUGAUUACACCCAUCCCCUGCACAUAUGUGCACAUAGACACACACAUGAACACACUGAAGAUGUUUCCUUCAGGUGCAUGUAAAAUAUGCUGCUUGGAUUGAAAUACAAAUGGGAUUGAUGAGUUAAGUAACUUGAGACCUCACAGUAAUCUUCACACUUAACCUUAGACACCUAUGCAGUCAUGUUGGGAGCAGGUUACAGUGUUACCUCAGCACCACAGUUUAUUUCUAUACUUGAGUUCUUCAGUAUAGAAGGUAGAAGUGAUUUAAAUGGCAUAGUAUAUAUAUCAUUUUCUGGCCUCUUAAAAUUUGAGACCUCUUGAUGAAAUGGACAUAUUAUAUAUUUCUGCCACCUGGAUUUUCCUGGAUAAUUUGAUGGAAUAUUUUAAGUUUCAGUAAAUCAGAACAAUAAACAAACUCAGAUAUAA